AAGAUGGAGAAUCCUAAAAUCAAGUUCGAGUUCGUCAUGUUUCACGCGCAGGACGUCUUGUUUAAUGAUGCUCUCGUAGUAAAUGAAAAUGAAGUGGACGCUCACAGAAGCCUUCAUACCCUCUAUGAAUACACAAGCGCAAGAGGCCAAUUCAAAUUAUCAGACAUCGUGUUCGUCUUUUCAGGGCGGCCAGUAUUCACAAAUGAAGGGAACACCAGGAGCUAUGGUCCAAAAGGUCUCACCUGGGAGAAAGGAAUAUGCAACGCCACCACAAAGUUUGUUAUUGUGAGCGACAUAGGGAAGCGUUUCAGCGCCUUGCCCAACGCUGCGUUCCACCUUGCUCGCCUACUCGGUGCACCAUCAUCCUGCACACACGACUACUCUGUGCUGGAGGGCAACUAUAACCUAUUCAAUCUCUCGUCAUGCGUCAUGGAGGGUAUUAGAAACCAUCUCAAAAAGCUACAGAAUGACGACCCCAGGUUGGCAAGCGACUGCUUCAGAAGAAGUUACACGACGAAUACUAGUAUGUUCUUCGAUGGACUUCCAUACUCCAUGUUUGACGAAGAAACGUUUUGCAAACAAGAAAGACGCUUGAAAAAAGGAGCCCACCUCAGGGGCCGCUGCGAUGAUGAUGGCAUCUGGGCUCGCUCCCAAGAGUUGUACAAAGCCAAAAUCGAAAAGGGCUGGACUUCGCUCGACCCUGACAACAACUGCUUCUUCGAGUGCUGUAAUCUAGACAACCUCCUUUGGUUCACCAUUCACUACGAUAUUGUACGGUAUGCUGCGUUUGAUGGCAAACCAUGUGGCAGAAACAAGGAUCACAUCUGUGUUCAAGCUCAAUGCGUAAAGAAUACAACGACACUUUAAGAAUGCAGGAGAUGAACUAGACCCCCAGGACGGCUUCGAAGACUUCCAAGUUUCCAGACAGUCGAAGCACAGCGCAUUAUUAGUAGUAUAUGAAUAUAAUUUAAAAGUAAGUAAAGCGAAAUUAAUGUAAAGUUGUGUGUGUAUAAGCUUGAAUUACAUUACAUAUUACAUUUUAUGUGUGUAUACAAUUACAUUUUAUGGAGUUCUGGAAAACUGCUAGACAUGGAAACAUGGCCUACAGAAGGGAGGCGGGUGGGUAUUGGCUCUGGUGUCUAUUUCCCAUGCGCGAACUUUGCGCCAUUGUCUCUACAGGAUAACUCACAGCGUUUGACAUUUGUCGGUUUAUUUACCACACAAAAGAUGGCAUGUUAAACGAGGUGUGUACCACAAAUAAUUUCCAUUAUUAAAAUAUAUUAUAAGCAACCCCACUGGAAGACAUAGCUCAGUACAACCAGAAGGAUGUCUCACAAAACAGAUGAACAGUAUCGAAAUUCUCUGAAACAAACCUGCUUCUCGUUUGAGCUGCUUCUGGGACGUCCCUCGAUGAGUUAUCACAGAUAAAAGUAAUGUAGCCGCCGAGGGUGGUUAAUAACCCUAUCAACCCAAUCCUCACAAUCCCUUAGAAGUGUGUUUAUUUUACAAAGACAAUGGCAGCGGUCAUGCAAGCACAGUGGAUUACCUUGACACAUUCUCUACUGUAGUACUCUAUUCAUUCCUAACCGUGCAUGUGGAAAUCAUUGUUCAAUAAAGUCAUAAUGCCA